AUGGCGUUACCUGGGAUGCACAGGUAUAAACUUUCUAUACAAUACAACGGAACCAAAUAUCUUGGAUGGCAGACACAGCCCAGUGAUUCACAUGCAAGCAGGCUAAUCAAAAAAAGUGUUCAGAGUGUGAUCGAAGUUAUUGGUAGAAGCGCAAAACUUACUAUUGCAGGAAGAACGGACACUGGCGUUCACGCGAUCAAAAAUGUUGCACACAUCGACUUGCUAUCGACUGAUGCUAAAACAAAAAGUGCUGAUAGAGUUUUAGAUGCUCCACUCACGCCUAUCAUCUUUUUCAAGAGCCCUCCUUUUCUCGCACAAACAUUGAAAGAUGCCAUCAACUAUUUUCUGAGAAAGCAUCCGCACAUUGCCAUUACCAGCGUUGAAAGAACAGAUGGAUCUUUUAAUGCUCGCUUUUCUGCUAUUGAACGCGAAUAUAUCUACCGUAUUAUCAAUGUCGUUGAUAGGACGGGUAUUCCGUUCGAAAAUGACAGGCGGUGGGUCUAUCGACGCCCUCUGAAUGUUGAGAAGAUGAACACUGCAUGCAAAAUGCUAAUAGGAUGCCAUGACUUCAGUACAUUUUCCACGAUGUCCUGUAUUAAGUCCUCUUCACCUAUUCGCCAUUUAUAUGAGUUUCGCGUUGAAGAAGACGAUUAUGGGGACUAUGGACUCUGGUUUCCAGAUGCGUCACUCUCAAAUAGUCUUUUCCUCAAAAUUACUGUGAGAGCCAAAUCUUUCAUGACUCACCAAGUUAGAAAGAUGGUGGCUGCAGUCGCUAGCGCUGGUGCUGGAAAGAUUCAGUUGGACCAAAUCAAGAUGCUCUUAAAAGCAAAAAAUCCACUCCUCUGUCCUCCCAUGGCCCCGCCGGGAGGUCUCUAUCUAAAGUCCGUUACAUAUCCUCCUAAUUCAUAUAUCGUGUAUGAAUCAAGCGCCAAAACGCUCGAGGAACUUCAAACGUUUAAAUUGAAAGCGAGGCAACAACGGUGA